GCGCCACUUCAGUGGGGAGCGAAAGCAGUCGGCCGUUGCCAUGCCACUCUUUCCCCACACCGGUCACUUUAGAAGAGAGAAACGGGGCUGAGGGAAGAAAUCUCCUCAGAAAAGCCCACAGCAAAUGUUCGGCCAACCAAAUCCCCGCUCGCCCUCGUCGUCACUUCCGCCGGCGAGGUUCCGCUUCCGGGUGUGAAGCCCUGCCGAGGUUUGCCGAAGGGGGCUCGGUUCCUUUCUUUCUUUCCUUCUUUCUUUGCUAAGAGUCCGGUCUGUCGCGGCUGACAUGUCGCCGAGUGUCGAGGUCGGCCCCGCAAUCGACUCGUCACGAUUUGCCGUUCUGUGGAUUCCGGGAUGCCUGUUAAUUGAAAGAGUACCUGAACUGGGCACAUGUGGGCUUUGAAGACAGCAGAGGAGGACACACAUUCUGCACAUUUGAGCAUUUUGAAAAGAUUCACAUCCAUGGAAGAGGUACAAGAUUUAGCAGAACAGCCUAUGAAAAAAGCCAAGAUGCAGGAAUCAGGCGAACAGCUGUUAAGGCAAGUGAACAGCACAGACAGCAAUGAUCAGAAACCUGAAUCCUCAAGCCUUGGUUCAAACCUAUCCAUGUCCAAUGAAAUUAUGCCAUGCACUGAUUACAUCUCAAGGUCAUCGAAUGAAUAUACCUCGCAGAUGUAUUCUGCAAAGCCAUAUGCACAUAUUCUUUCUGUACCUGUAUCCGAAACGAUGGCCUCUUAUUCUGGUCAGACUCAGUACCAAGCACUACAGCAGUCACAGACGUAUGCUGUUUAUCCUCAGACAACCCAAGCCUAUGGACUACCUCCUUUUGGUGCACUGUGGCCAGGUAUGAAACCUGAGAGUGGUUUAAUUCAGACUCCAUCUCCAAGUCAGCACAGUGUUCUUACCUGCACUACAGGGUUAACCACAAGCCAAUCCAGCCCAGCACAUUAUUCUUAUCCUAUUCAAGCUUCAAGUACCAAUGCCAAUUCAGUGUCCACCACUUCGCCUACUGUCAAUAUUUCAGCAUCAGCAGUAGCUAGCAUCUCUCAACAGGAGUAUCCUACGUACACAAUCCUUGGCCAAAGUCAAUACCAGCCAUAUUACUCAAGUUCGAGCUUUGGAGUUAUAACACCAGCAGACAGCAGCACAGAGAGUCCCACACUAGCAACGACCACAUAUCCUUCUGAAAAACCAAAUGCCAUGGUGCCUACUCAGACAGCGCAGAGACAUUCCUCUGGAGACCCAUCUACAAGUCCAUCGUUGCUGAGGGCGACAGCAAGUAAAGACAUAGAGGAGCAGUCCAGGAAAAAUGUGACUGGGAAAAACAGAGGGAAGAGGAAAGCAGACUCUUCUUCACCACAGGACAAUGAACUUGAACGAGUGUUCUUAUGGGACUUGGAUGAGACCAUCAUAAUAUUUCACUCUCUUCUCACAGGAUCAUACGCCCAGAAAUAUGGGAAGGAUCCAACGCUGGUGAUUGGCUCUGGUUUGACUAUGGAAGAAAUGAUUUUUGAAGUGGCCGAUACACACUUAUUUUUCAAUGACUUAGAGGAGUGUGACCAAGUUCACGUGGAAGAUGUUGCAUCGGAUGACAAUGGGCAAGAUUUAAGCACCUACAAUUUUUCCUCGGAUGGCUUCAGUGGCUCAGGAAACAAUGCCAAUCACGGUUCAGCAGGAGUCCAAGGUGGAGUAGAUUGGAUGAGGAAGCUUGCUUUCCGCUACCGGAAGGUGCGCGAGGUCUAUGAUAAAUACAAAAGCAACGUAGUAGCCCUUCUCAGCCCAGAGAAGAAGGAGGUUUUGCAGAGAUUAAGGGAAGACAUAGAAAUGUUAACAGAUUCCUGGUUGGGAACAGCAUUGAAGUCCCUGCUGCUCAUUCAGUCAAGAAAGAAUUGUGUGAAUGUUCUGAUAACGACUACUCAGCUGGUGCCAGCUCUGGCUAAGGUCCUGCUGUAUGGACUAGGUGAAGUGUUCCCAAUUGAAAAUAUUUAUAGUGCAACAAAAAUAGGUAAAGAAAGCUGUUUUGAAAGGAUUAUCUCUCGAUUUGGGAAGAAGGUGACAUACGUGGUGAUUGGAGAUGGGCGUGAUGAAGAGAUGGCAGCCAAACAGCACAACAUGCCCUUUUGGAGAAUCACAAAUCACGCUGAUCUGGUGUCCCUCCAUCAGGCCCUUGAACUGGACUUUCUGUGAGGAACUGAGCAAAAGGCAGUUCGGUAUAGCUCCCAACAGCCCCCUCGUGGCUUAAAACAUGAGCCUGCUUGGGGACUUCCUUUUUCAUCCAGACAAAGCAAUGUAGCUAACAGAAAUGUACAGUAGGAGGCACCACACACCGUUGCUUUUCCCAGGAGAGCCGCCGAAGAAGCCUGUAACCCUUGUCUGCAUUUUGGCAAAGAGGAAUUUUGGGGACUGAGUAGAGCAUCCUGGAUAGGAAUCUCCAGCAGUACAGACCUAACUCACUGUGCAGCUCUUGGUGGUAUUAUAUUAUGUUUUAAAAAAAGAAAAGAAAAAAGCAGUCAAAUUUUUUGUAGAGUACUUUGUCACCACCAGGUGUUUCAAAAGGAAGUGAACUGAUUGUUUAUUUUUUUACAGAAAGGGGUCCAGAAAUGUUUCCCUUCUUGCAAAGCCAGAAAAGGCUAUGGAUUUUCAUGGAAAGAUCACAAAAUAAUUAUGUGUUGAGAGGAUGGGGGAACUUUCCCUCUUGGUAUGUCCUGUGGUACUGAAUUAUAGCCAGGCAUGCCCUCAAUCUCUGAUACCAAGAAGGGAAGGUUGGGUUCAGUUUCUCAUAAGAGUUUUUGUCUCUAGCGUACAGUGAGUUCUCCACUUAGCUAGCAAUCUCAAGCGUGCCACAGCAGCAGGACAUUUAGAUGCAGGUUCUGCCAGAUUAUCAGAGUAAUGGAAGCAGAAAGUGAAACACCAUUUCAUCCCUCUGUUCACCUGCUGACUUGCAUAAGUAGAAGCAGGAUUUCUUAAGAAGCAACAUGACACUAACAGAGCUGUCCAACCAGCAGAGGAAAUCCACUUAGAAAAACACCUGCUUUCCAUUUACAGGUAUUUUGUGUGAUCUACCAACUUCUCAAGCAAGAUUCCAGCUCGGCACUACGUGUAGCCUUAUUUUUUUGCCUUAGUCACCCUGCCUCUUUGCAAUCUUUUGGGUGGCGGUGGGAGGGGAAGAGUUGGGCAGAAUGGGGCAGCUGCAGCCCUGAGUCUCCUCUCGAAUCCAGGAUAGGAUUUAGUAGCCACAGUGUCGGGUUAAAACACUGGCUUAGCGAACGGGAAGUAGCGACACCUGCACUCACUUGCAGAACAGGAAACAUAAAGUACAGGAAUGGAAACCCCCUCAGUUUCAAACAGAGCCUCCAGGAGUUUAUUAAUUUGAGAUAUUUAUACACCACUUAAUAUUCUGAAUUUCUAAGUGGUUUGCUGAAACAAGACCAAGUUCAUUACUUUCUGACUUGGACAGGUGCAGAUACAUUUAUGCAUUAGUCCCAGCUGAAGACUGCCAUCUCCCAAGAAAUGUCUCUAUUGCAUUUGGUACCAUACAGUACCCUCCUGCUGAUCAUGCACUGGAUAGUCUUUGUCUGCAUACUCCCUAAAUAGUAAAGCAGGCACCAUCAGGACUCAUAGCACCAUUUCAUACCAAUAGGUGGAGAAGUGAUUCUUGCUAGGCAGGCAGCAUUGUGAUUUCUUUCCCUGCAGAAACAUAGUAUAUACUAGAGGGGUAGUUUCUGAAGAGAAGAAUGUGCACCAUAGAGGAAGCUGCACAGGAAGCCAGAAGUUGCUUUGUUUCCUGACAUUUAGCCACUCAGCUUCUCUUACAAGCUUACAGAAGGCAAUAUAGUAGAAUUUUAUGGAAUGAAAAUACAUUCCUUCCCUCUCCCCCAACAAUCAGGGAAGCUCUGUGUCUCUCAAAUAGAACAGAAAACUCUGUUCUUAUCAUUCCAACUUCCUUUGUUCACUCCUUUGCAAAGGCUAGAAAGGUCAUUCGCUGGGCAGCUAAGAGUUACCUCCUACCAAAUCUGUGGUCUGUGCUUCACUUUGGAAUCAACUCUGUGCCUUAAUUUCCACCCAACUAUUGGAUGUCAGCAGCUGUGUAGAGGAAUUUCCCCCCCAUCAAGAUUAAUCUUGGUUUUUUAAAAAAUGCUCACAGUAAUUAUAGCAGGUAGGGAUGUGUUGAGCCACCAGGAAAUUGAUAAACAUUGCCCUGAGUUUUGUUUGACUUGGUGAAACCAUUUCAGAAUCCUUCAAGAUUUAAGAAAACCUUUGGCUGCUGUGUGUGAAGCUUGGGGGGGGCAUCCAGUGGUGGCUGGCGGCUCCAUGUCAGUGGGGCAGUGGAAUCCACUCCAGGUUUUAGUCUGAACUUUCAAAGAGCUGUCCAAGGUGUUUCCUUGGACAACUCCUUGAAAGUUUAGACUAAAAUCUGGAGCGGUUUCUACUGCCCCACUGACAUGGAUCACCAGCCUCCGCUGUUGGCAUCAGCUAUCAAUAUUUAUAUAGUGUCCCCUUCAAUGUAUGUGAAUUUAUUUUUUCCUAACCCACUCAGGUGAUGGUACAUGUUCUGUGUUAACAUUAAUAAAGAUUGUCCUGGCUCUUGUGUCAUUGAACUCACUGGCUGUGUUUCUCUUGGGCCUUCUUAAAGAAUUUAGAAACUGGUGUGUGGUUUUGUUUUUGCUUCCUACUCUUUCAGUUCUUUCCCAUUGGUUAACAUUCAAGCAUCAGUUCCAUUCUAAUGCAAAGCUGGACAGUCAAGGCUCUCUGCAUCCCUUAUGUCUGUAUAACGAGUGGGAGAGUCUUGUGUCCUCAGCUCCAACUUGGUCUGUGUUUCCAUUGCAGUCUGAAUAAUCGAAAUCCUAUCAAGCACCACAGGCAGAGGCUGCAAUCAAGGCAACUGCAUGUGCUGGUGUAGAUUAGAAAUGCUGAUUCACCCUCAGGGUCUUGCAGGUGUCCAGAACUGGCAUCAGCUGUACUUACAAUUGUGAUUAGAGGGUAUUAACAGCUAUAGAUUUCGUCAAACAUCAUGUUCUGUGUAGUGGGAACUGUCCUGUGAAC